AUGCCCCAACAGCGCUUUUAUGGUACCACAAACCAAAGUCCUGACGAGGAUGGUCAGGACUACUUUCCAAGAGCGGCAACCCAAGCCGGCCCCGCAUCGGUCCGGCGUCCGGGACCGGAUCGGCCCUCACGCCCGUGCCGUCCCCGUGGGACCGAUGGCGCCGUCCUCCUGAGGCUUGCUCCUACAAGCAUUCAUCUCAAUCCAAGGUCUUCAACCGUGCAUCUCGUGUCGUCAUUAACACGGCGGCGCGAUGACAGGAUCCCCUUUCCGCGUCCUCGUCUCAGCAAGACAGCCGGGUAUCGAUACGCUUCGAUCCCCGCCGCAAUCGCCGCGCUCAUUCGCCUCGCCUCCGCGUCCGCCCCCACCGACGCACCCUUUACCGUGCACCACUCCGAAGAUACGAGCCUCUUCGCGCCCGAGUCUCUGCGCCGCUACCGCGUCACUGUCCUCGCGCACGUGUCCGGCACGUUCCUGACUGCGUCGCAGCUGGCGGCCUUGCAGUCGUUUGUCCGCGAAGGGGGCGGCGUAGUCGGCGUGCACACCGCCUCGGUGGGAAUGCCACCGCCGCCGCCGCCGCCGCCGCCGCCGACAGACGCAGACGGCGCGGUGGACGAGGGGCGCUAG